UUGAAAUGAAUAAAGGAAAUUUUGUAUCUGAAUUGAUAAAUUUUGUAGAAGAUCAUGACGAUUUAUGGAACCAAUCUAAUGAUAAUUAUUUUAAUAGAUUAUUAGUAGAUGAACUAUGGACUUUAUGUGCUAAAAAGCUUGAUUCAUCGCCAAAUGUCUGUAAAUUAAAAUGGAAGAAUUUGAGGGAUUCUUAUUUAAAGGAAAAGAGAAAGAGAGAAGAAGUGCAUUCAGGGGAUGCUGCAAAAGCUAGCACUCAAUGGAAAUGGUAUGAUUCACUAUCAUUUCUUACUACUUCCACCACACCAAGAAAGACACUAAAUAAUAUCACAGAUAAUAUAGAGAAUGUAAGACCUGUAAAAAGGGCUAGAGUAACAAAAGACCUAAUGGAAAGAUAUUUUGACAAAAUGUUAGAAAUUGAUAAUGACCCAGAUAGAUUAUGGUGCCUGUCUUUGGUUGAUAAUGUAAUGAAGGUGCCAAAUGAAGUUAAGGACACCAUGAAAAUUAAUGUGCAAACUCUUAUUUAUAAUUAUAUAAAUAAUAUUAUAGGAAAAUGUUGAUGUUUAAAUAGUUAUGUAUUAUAUACACAUACAAAAGUAAUUUAUUA